AAGGCAAGAGAAAUCUCGGGGGUCGCGCACAGGCUGAAGCCGAUCGGAGGGGCGCCAUGGGCCGAAUCUCUGAGGACAUGAUCCGGCGCAACGCGGAGCACAACGACUGCAUCCUCUUCUCCCUGGAGGAGCUGUCCCUGCACCAGCAGGAGAUCGAGAGGCUGGAGCACCUGGACAGGUGGUGCCGGGAGCUGAAAAUCCUCUACCUGCAGAACAACCUCAUCGCGAAAAUCGAAAAUGUGAGCAAACUCAAGAAACUGGAGUACUUGAACUUAGCCUUAAACAACAUUGAAAAAAUCGAGAAUUUAGAAGGCUGUGAGGAGCUGACGAAACUCGACCUGACGGUGAAUUUCAUCGGCGAGCUGAGCAGCGUCCGCAGCCUGCAGCACAAUGUGCACCUGAGGGAGCUCUUCCUCAUGGGCAACCCCUGCGCGGACUUCGAGGGGUACAGGCCGUUUGUGGUGGCCACGCUCGGGCAGCUGAAGUGGUUGGAUGGUAAAGAGAUCGAGCGCUCCGAGAGAAUCCAGGCACUGCAGGACUACCUGGAGAUUGAGCGACAGAUCCGAGAGCAGGAAACAGCUCACCGCCUCCAGCGGGCCAAAGACAAAGAAGAGGCCCGGAGGAACCUUGAGGGAGAGCAGGGAGGCCAAGAGCAGCCGAGACGUGACCCCCGUGGCGACAGGCGCCCCUCCACAGACGCCCACACUCUCUGCCCCUUUUCUUUAGAAGGCGCAGGACCUGCCCCCGCACCUGACACCCAAGAGGAGGAGGGCGGGAAGAAGAAAUUGGAUGAGGUGGAAGACGACCUGGCGUUCUGGAACAAGCCCUCAGUGUUCACUCCCGAGUCUAGACUGGAAACUCUGAGACACAUGGAGAGACAGCGGCGAAACCAGGAACGGCAGAGUGAAAAGGAGAAGGAAGCAAAGCCACCCAGGACAUUGAUCACUCAAGACGGGAGAGCCCUGAACGUCAACGAGCCCAAACUUGACUUCUCUUUGAAAGACGAUGAGAAGCGUAACCAGAUCACCUUGGACCUGGCCGUCUACAGGUACAUGGACACCUCCUUAAUCGACGUGGACGUGCAACCAACCUACGUGCGCGUGAUGGUGAAAGGGAAGCCAUUUCAACUCGUCCUUCCUGCCGAGGUAAAGCCCGAUAGCAGUUCUGCGCGGAGAUCUCAGACCACGGGCCACCUGGUCGUCUGCAUGCCCAAGGCAGGAGGCGUCCUUGCAGGUAGCAGGAGAGCAUCCAAGUCUGUAAAAACAACCCCCCAGAGCAUCCCAGAGCAAACAAGCCCAAGAGGCCAGCCCAUGGAGAGGCUCGAAGUAGACCCCAGCAAGAGGUCAUUUCCAGAUGUGGCGAACAUUGUGCAAGAGAAAGGGCACAGGCCGAGAAGAGGUGGAGCCGGGCCACAAAGCGUCCUGAGGGAUGAGGAGCCAGGCCCAGACUUUGACGAUAACCCUGACGUGCCUCCGUUGAUCUGAAACAAUGGGCUGCAGUCACUGGCUGUGGCCCACUGGGCCCAGAGUAUCUCAGGACAGACCGUACCGACACCCUUUCUGGGGUGAACCCAGAGGUGUUUGUCCGUGUUCUGACGACGAUUCCAGUGUUGUAACACCCCUACCUCGUGUAAUACCACCCUUAACCUCGUUGAAACGCUGAAGUGCGUGCCUUAAAUAUGUGAUCGUUGUUUCUCUGUGUAUCCAACGUUGUUGACGAGGUAAAUGUUCAGAAAGUCGUAGGGCUCUUCCACAAAACACUUAUUAUGAACCACAGCGCUCUCUGUGCUCCUGGAACCGGCAGCAGAGAAACACCGUAAUUUUGAAAGUGGGAUCUUGGCAAAUCGGUCAAGCUCACAAGUCAACAUUAGUUUGAGAUCAGCUUGCAGUGCUUGAAGGUUAUUUCGAGCAGUGUUUCCGUUUUCUCCUCUGGUGGCGUGCUGUCAUGGCGGCAACAGCGCUUUGACAUCAAACGCCCCGGAAUUGGACUCCAGCACCAUCACAGUGUAAAGGCCUUCGGCAAGGGCUGGAAUCUCCCCGUCCUCUAGUGGAGGGGACAGCAUGGGGUAAACAUACUGGGCAGUGGGUUUGGUUUCUUUGUCUGUUUUCCUUUUUCUGCCGUAGGUUUGUCUGAAGAUCAGCUCCGUGAAGUGCCUAGUACAUGAGCGUCCCUUACACCUCUCCAGUGAUUACACAUGAUAUGCCCUCAUGAGCAACAGAGAAACCUUUGUCCCCAAAGGGCUAUAUUCACGGGUGUAGGAGUUAGGAUCUGUAACACAUAUGCUUAGGGGACACAGUGCAAUCUAUAACAUUGUACCUCUUCUUUAUGUAGAUUAUUAUUAAGUAAAUAUUUUACGUAUAUUGAAGAAAAAGUAGUAUUACUCUGAUUGUGUGAUGCAAGCUUUUGAAUAAAGGUUCCCUAAAUAGUCA